GGCCAUACUGCUGACUUCUUGUUCGACGCUGGUCACACUGACAAUUGCAGAUUUUCAUAUUUUCGUAUUUGCUAAAAAUGUGGAUAUUGUCUGGAAAAAAUGAGUAAACAGGGGAAUAAAGCCAAGGAUGCGGCUGCCGCAUCCGCCACUUUAAAACGGAUAAGCGAAAAGAAGUUGGAGGCCUUUACGGUGGGCACCUUCUCCAAACGACAACUGUCCAAAAAAGAGCUCGAGGACCAGAAGAAAAAGGAGGAUGCAGCUGCUGCGGCACACGCCUUCAAAGAGUUCGUAGAGACCUUCCAAGAAGCACCCACCCCUUCGUCCAAAGUUUGGGUCAAAGCCGGCACUUAUGAUGCAGGAUCUCGGCGGGAGGAUAAGUCGGAGAAGGGCAAGCUAUACAAGCCGGUCUCGAAGCUGCUGGACAAGAGCUCCUCGGAGAAGGUCGAGGAUUACGCCAAGACACUGGCCUCGGAUCUCAAAAAGGACUCAGGCCCAUUGAAAAAGAAAAACCAGGAGAAGAAAAAGAGCAACUUGGAGCUGUUCAAGGAGGAGUUGAGACAGAUUCAAGAGGAGCGCGAGGAGCGCCACAAGUACAAGCACAUGGCCGCAAGCCAUUCCGCACCAGCACAGAAACCGGCUGCAUCAGAUGCCACUGUGCCCAGCAGUAGUGCAUCCACCACCUCACAGGCUUCAAACAGCUCAAAGGAGUCUGGAUCGUUUGACACGGGCGACCCCAAUACCACAAACCUUUACCUGGGCAACCUGAACCCCAAGAUAUCCGAGCAGCAGCUCAUGGAAAUCUUUGGCCGCUACGGUCCCUUGGCCAGUAUCAAGAUUAUGUGGCCCCGCUCCGAGGAAGAGAAGCAAAGAGGCCGCAACUGCGGCUUUGUGGCCUACAUGAGCCGCAAGGAUGCAGAAAGAGCUCUGAGGACACUAAACGGGCGCUACAUUAUGGGCUACGAGAUGCGUCUAGGAUGGGGAAAGACUGUGCCCAUAAUGAAUACGCCCAUUUUUGCACCACAAGCCUUGCUGGAGAUGACUCUGCCUCCGCCACCAUCAGGAUUGCCCUUUAAUUCGCAACCUCCACCCAGUGAAGCUGAUGUUUUGCCCAAAAAAAACUACAAGGAGUUCAACCAGGAAGAGGACAAAGAGAAUUUAGAGCGGAUACUUGCCAAAUGCGUCGUUAAAGUCCAUAUACCCACAGAGAAGGCUGUUCUUAACGUUAUCCAUCGGAUGAUCGAGUUUGUCAUACGCGAGGGGCCGAUGUUUGAGGCGCUGAUCAUGAUUCGGGAAAUGGAGAAUCCGCUCUUCUCGUUCCUCUUCGACAACGAGAGUCCUGCCCACAUCUACUACCGCUGGAAGCUUUUCUCUUUGCUACAGGGCGAUACGCCCAAUGAAUGGCGGGAGGAUGAAUUCCGUAUGUUCAAAAACGGACCGGUUUGGAAGCCCCCGAUCGCCAACUUCUAUACUCAAGGCAUGCCAGAUGAGCUAGUUGUUGAUCCUGAUGCUCCUGUGGUGCACAAGGGAGCGUUAUCCAAUGCGCAACGCAAUCGACUCGAGGAUUUGAUUAGGCAAUUAACUCCAGAACGCGCCCGCAUUGGGGAUGCCAUGAUCUUUUGCAUUGAGCACGCAGAUGCGGCAGAUGAAAUUUGCGAGUGCAUCGCCGAGUCCCUGUCUAAUAUAAAUACAUUGGCCUCAAAGAAGAUUGCUCGACUUUAUCUGAUCUCUGAUAUACUGCACAACUGCACUGUUAAAGUGGCCAAUGCUUCGUUCUUCCGUAAAUCUGUGGAAAAACAACUCUUGGACAUCUUUGAUAACCUGCAUAACUUCUACGUGAACAUCGAAAGUAGAUUAAAAGCUGAGGGCUUUAAAUCCAGAGUCUGCAAUGUAAUUCGCACAUGGGAGGAAUGGACAAUAUAUCCCAAGGAUUUUAUGGCAGAGCUGACGGCCAAAUUCUUAGGCAAACCUUACGUCAAGCCAGUCAAUACAUCGCCUCAAGCCGAGGAAACUCGAUCUGAUGAGGCUCUGGACGAAGAUAUCGACGGGGCCCCUCUUUCCGGAGAGGAAAAGGACGACGAGGACCUAGACGGUGUGCCACUGGAUGGAGCUGCUUUGCUUAAGAGCGCCUUGAAGCGAGCCAUGCCUGAUGCAGAUGUUGGCACUCCGAAGCGUGACACACCUAAGAAAGAUGAAUACCUAGAUGAAAUCGAUGGCAUACCCUUGGAUGAGGAUCUCGACGGUGUACCGUUGGAAAAAGAAUCAAAAUCUGCGGCCAAAAUGCCUGGCUUCAUACCCUCAAAGUGGGAGACAGUUGACCCCCAGCAAGUCGAAGCGCAGGCGAUUACUACCAGCAAAUGGGACACUCUGGAUCCGCCAGAUCCUCCCAAGUUCUUUAGCUCGGACGACGACAGUGAAGAUGACAAUGCGCAAAAGUAUACCGACGAGAUGCGACAGAAGUUAAGAGACAUUGAGUUGAAAGCAGUGCAGUACCAGGACGAACUGGAGUCCGGAAAGCGGCGCCUGGAGCCCGGUUGGACUGUUGGCGAACAAGUGGAAUACUUCCGGAAGCGAUUGCUCAAACAGGACUCGCGAACAGACGCAACUGUGGACUCGCCGCUCAGCUACAUGCAUAUCAAACCGAAGAGCUCCAAGGUCAGUGAGAGUCCAGCGCAUUUCAGCAGCGGUUCACACAAACGAUCGCACUCCCCGUUCUCCGGUGGGGAAACCAAACGACGGGACUAUUCACCGGAAGUCUCGCGCUCAUCCAAAUCCUCGAAACGUAACCGUACGCGCAGUCCGUCCAGUUCACCAAAGCGGUAUGCAGAGCGGUCGUCUCGUAGCUCCCGCUACGAAAGUCCCGCCUCUGGAUCGUCACGAUCACGCACUUCUCCAACCACAUUCUCCUCGCGCUCUUCUCGCAGAGAAGAGGCAUCUCCACCGAGACAUCGCAGCGACAAGCACAAGCAUAAACAUAGGCACUAGAGU